AUGGCAGCCAGCGGCCAUGUCAACAAUAAAACUGCGCAAGUAAUCAUAGCGUCGGAGGAAGAGCGGUUGAAAGGACAAUACGGCCCCAGGAAUCUGGAGAACGCGCUUGCCGCGCUCCAUCAGGAUGGCCUCGUAGUACUGCGUGGAGUCAUCGACGUUGCCUUCAUCGACAAGCUCAACGAGAAGAUGUGCGCAGACGCGGAGGAGAAGAUUGCCGAUCCAUCGCAAUUGUACAACCACGGCAUCAAGUCGAACUUUCUGCAGCGACCGCCGGUAACCGACCCCGAAUUCCUGAACAGGCAGUUAUACUUCAACAACUUCCUACUCCAGGUCAAUAGAGCCUACCUGGGCGGCAGACCGAUCUGGAACUGGCUCACAGCAAACACCGCCAUGGCGGGAACCAAAGGCCUCCGCCAACGCGCGCACAAGGACUCAUACACCCACCCCCUGUACCCAUACUACGUGAUCGCAAACGUGCCUCUCGUGGACUUCAGCCCCGAGAACGGGUCGACUGAGUUCUGGCUCGGCUCCCACCAGUCCACGACCCCGGCUGACCAGAUAACCUCUGCGGACCCGGUCGCCGAGGGUUAUAACCGCGGGCGGCCCGGCGAGCCCCUGCCGCCCAUCACCGAGGAAGCCAAGGCCGCUCGCAUGAAGAUCCGCCCUCCACUGCAGCCGCGGUGCCUCCGUGGGGAUAUCAUGAUUCGGGACCUGAGGUUGUGGCAUGCGGGAAUGCCGAAUGAGAGUGAAGCCCAUCGUAUCAUGCUGGGUCUCGGGUAUCAAAGUCCAUACUUCCCCAAUUAUAGCCAGACGCUUCAUCUCCCCGAGACGCAAAGGUCCUUCUUCCUGAACUACCUGAGCGACAUCGUGGACGUUCGAGCACAGUUCUGGAAGCCCGACGAGAUGGAGAAGACGAAAGCAGACGAAGAUUUCGAGCUGCGUGCGGAGUAUGCUGAGUGA